AUGUCAGUCGAUUUCAACAGUGUCGCCACAGAAUUUACUCAUUUCUAUUACCAAACUUUCGAUAAUGAUAGAAAUCAAUUAGGUAAUUUAUACAGAGAGCAAUCUAUGUUAACUUUCGAAACUUCACAGCUUCAAGGUACCAAAGAUAUUGUUGAAAAAUUAGCUUCUUUACCUUUCCAAAAAGUUGCUCAUAGAAUUUCAACCUUAGAUGCUCAACCUGCUUCUCCAAAUGGUGAUAUCUUAGUCAUGGUUACUGGAGAGUUAUUGAUUGAUGAUGAAAAAAAUCCCCAAAGAUACUCCCAAGUUUUCCACUUAAUCCCUGAAGGAUCAAGUUAUUUCGUUUUUAAUGAUAUUUUCAGAUUGAACUACUCAUAA